UCAUCCUAGCCUUUUCCAACUCUUUAAACCCCGUCGCUUCGCAUUUCCAUUCUUAAAUUCUAAUCGCUCUCUCGGACAGAAACAGAGAAAAAGAUACGACCUUUACCUAUAUAUAUAUAUACACAUCCCAAUCAACUAUGGCGUAGACAAAGAGAAAGCGAGAGUGAGUGAGUGAGUGAGAGAGAUGGAUCGCCAAUGAUCCUGACCAUCUCAAAAGCAGAAACGAUGAUGUUGAAAUGAAGGAGCGUCAGCGGUGGCAGCCAGAGGAAGACGCACUCCUCCGAGCCUACGUGAAGCAAUAUGGCCCCAAAGAGUGGAACCUCCUCCCCCAGCGCAUGGGGCAGCCCCUCCAGCGCGACCCCAAAUCCUGCCUCGAGCGCUGGAAGAACUACCUGAAGCCCGGCCUCAAAAAGGGCUCCCUCUCCCCGGAGGAACAGUCCCUCGUCGUCUCCCUCCAGGCCAAGUACGGCAACAAGUGGAAGAAGAUCGCCGCCGAGGUCCCAGGCCGCACCCCCAAGCGCCUCGGCAAGUGGUGGGAGGUCUUCAAGGAAAAGCAGCUCAAACAGCAACAAAAACAGAAGAAGGACAGCAACAGCAGCAGCAGCGCCGCGGGCGCGGGGGAAUAUUCGGACUGUACCGACGGGAAUAUUCCGGCGUCAGCGGUGGUGGGUUCUCCGGAGAGAGUUGCUCAGGGUCCGUACGACCACAUCUUGGAGACAUUCGCAGAGAAGUACGUGCUUCAGCCGAAGCUCUACUACACGUUCCAGCCCCUGAAUACGAAUACUCAUAUGGGUCCGGUGCCCGACCCUGAUCCGGUUCUGUCUCUCCGGUCCGCAAACUCUUCAUCUUCUACGACGUCGUCCGUGCUCCCCUCCUGGAUGAACCUGAAUCCUUCGUGCACGACGUCGUCCUCCACUACGUCGUCGCCUUCCGUCAGCCUCUCGCUCUCUCCGUCCGACCCGAUUCCAGACCCGGACGUGAAUCCGACCCGCGUGCUUCCGGGCCAGCAAACGGGUACGCUGAUCCAGUACUACAAGGAGCUGGAGGAGGGGAGGCAGAGCUGGGUGCUGCACAAGAAGGAGGCCACGUGGCGGCUGAGCAGGCUGGAGCAGCAGCUGGAGUCGGAGAAAGCAAGAAAGAGAAGAGAGAAAAUGGAGGAGAUUGAGGCAAAGAUAAUGUCCUUGAGAGAGGAGGAGAUGUCUUUUGUGAGCAGGAUUGAGAGCGAGUACAGAGAAGAGCUCAAUGCGUUGCAGAGAGAUGCCGAGAGCAAAGAGGCCAAGCUGGUGGAGGCAUGGUGCAGCAAGCAUAUGAUGCUCGCUAAGCUUGUUGAGCAGAUUCCCAAGGGAAUGCAUUAAUCAAAUUACCCAUUCACUCCUCCUGUUUUUCCUUAUUUUUUAUUUUUGGUUCUUGUAGUGCAUUUUGUAUCACUUUUCUGGUUAGUGGUAAUUGAAAUAGUUUGUUUCCCUUCAUAUUUCUGAUAUGCUGAGGAAGAAGACUAGAAGAGUCUACAGCUUCUGCUUUUCUGUUUCUACAUUUUUUUGAAUUUUGAUAGCGAAUAUGAAAGGCAAGUAGAAAUGAGUGGCA